UUUUUCUCUUAGCCUUUCUUUUUUUUUUUUUUUUUUUUUUUUUUUUUUUUUCCUAAUGUUGAGACAUUGCCUGAAGCGUACAUUUACAACAACAAAAACCCCCGUCGAUGAGCAUUGUUUGCCUUUGAAGCCAACAUGGUCCAUAAAAGCACUCAUGGAGCCAAUAGGAGAACCUAUAUCUGAUAAACAAUUCAAACAUUUACUUAGUCUUGCACGUUUAAAUAUACCAAGAGAACAACAGGGACAACUAAAGUCAGACAUUGAUAAACUCACACAGUUUACUGAACAUAUCAAACUACAUGACUUUAAAGAUGUUGAGCCACUAACACACAUUUGGAAAGAGGAUACGAGUCUGCUGGCUCGAAAUGAUGAUAUAAUAGAACAGGAUGCGGUCAAAGGACGAGAACUGCUUACAAAAGCAAAAAAGAAAAGCGGUCAUUUUUAUGUCGUAAAAGGAUCAAUACCAAAUUCAGAAUAAACAAUAUGUAUAGAGUCUACUUGUUUUCAACAGCAACAGGAGCUCCUGCAUUUCUC